GGCAAAAUCAAUCCAUUGCGUAAGCAAAAACUUCAAAGUUAAAAACCUUAAAAGCGGCGAGGGCAACCGUAAAAAACUAUUCUCCGACACAAGAAACGAAUUGUCUCUAAAAAGAAGAAGAUGGCGAAAAAUAGCUGUUUGGCCAAAAUCACUGCCGGAGUUGCCGUUGGCGGCGCUCUUGGCGGCGCAGUAGGUGCUGUCUAUGGAACUUACGAGGCGAUUAGAGUCAAGGUUCCGGGGCUUCAUAAGGUUAGAUUCAUUGGGCAAACUACCCUCAGCAGCGCAGCAAUUUUCGGGCUUUUUCUAGGUGCGGGCAGUUUGAUUCACUGUGGAAAAGGCUACUGAUUCCCUUACAUUGGUUUAGCUCUACAAGCUUUAAGUUUGUAUCUCUCUUAGUCUCUUGGUGAAAGAUUGGAUUCUUUUUUUUUCGAGUGGUAUUGAGCUUUUUGUUGAAAUAACUAUUGGAUGAAUCGUUUUUAUACGUUUCUGCUACUCUUUGUGUGAAUUUUUCGUCUCUCUUGGGUAUGGUCAGAAAGCUUCUUAUUCUUUUUUGCCUAAGAUAAUCUUGUCAAUGAAAAUGUCAUGUUACAAGGAGGUUUAGUUUCAAGAUAAAGCAUAGAAAGUGAGUAUGCAGAUCAUAUUAUACUUGCAUUAAAGAUUAGUUUUGUUUGUCUUAAACCAUAUGUGCAAAAAAGAAGAAGUUCUAAAUAGUGGUGUUGGAUUGAUUGCACAUACACUCAGGAACAGGGUACUUUGUAACAUCUCUUCCAGCUUUGCUAAUCCUUAGUUCUGGC